AUGUCAUAUUCAUCAUAAAACUUCAAAGAAUUAAUAAUAAAAGACCACAAUAGUUUGAUAUUCGUGGACAAAAAAGAUCAAAUUACUCCGCAAGAACGAUCGAUCGACAGUGCACCUAUGAACAGUAAUCAAAAUUAAAUACUUAAGUGCUAGACUAAUACUCAAAUGCAAAAUUAGAAACCCCGUUACAUUCCAGAGCUAACAGGAAAAUCUCAAACUUUCGUAGCCACAAGCAUUCAGGACACCUCUACAGUGGGCAAUAGCUCCAAAAAUUCUGAAUAAUUUAGCACCCUUUCUAGACCUAUUAUAAACAGAAGAGAUGUUAAAUUAAAAAGCCCAUCCUAACAGCAAAAGACCAACACUUCAAAUCGGAGCCUAACUUCUUCCAUUAACGAUCACAACGAGGAAUCCUCAAGGACGAACAACAAAAUUGGAUUUGGCUUGCGCCAUCAUCAUUAAAACUCCUAACAGGAAAAUCAGAGCUAAAACUUCCCAGACCCAGUAAUUUAAAACUCACUAAUAUUUAAGGACAACUGCGCUAAAUCAAAUAAAAACUCUCAUCGUCCGAAUACUGCAGCUAUCGAUACAACUAGCCUCAAAUUAGCAGAUAAUUAGGUAUAACAUUCAUCGCAUUAAAUUUCCUAAUAAGUUAUUCAAACUAAUUUAAAUCCAAGUAACCUUCAACUGCUGCUAACUGUGCAUGAAGUUUCGAUUUCUAUACCUGGUUCAAUUAAUCUAAUAAUCUCUAGUGUUUGCAAUGAUUUUAAAUACGAUACCCCAAAGAGAAGAAAAGUUGAUACAAACUCACAGACCGUUAAUUUUUCAGAUUAGGAACUUGCUAUAAAUCUUACAGCAGGGCAGUAGUAGCAGCAAGUAUUAAGGGAAAAUUAAAGUAUAAGCGUGAAAUUGCUGGCAGUAAGUGACACUAAGUCAAAGCUAAUUGGUCUUUAUCAAAUGAAACUAAAUUUGAAAGAAUUUCAACAGUUCAAGAAUCAAAAGUUUAUGUUUGACAAGUGCAUUGAUAAAUAAGCAUUUCUUAUCAUUUCUGCUAGCUUAAAAGGCAAUUAUAGCAAUCUAUAUCAGAACUAAAUAAGUUCUUCAAGGUAGAUUUAAGAUCUAUAAAGCAUGUUUAACGACGGCAAUUAAUAGUCAAACUAGUUAGCUUUCAACAGUAGAAAUGAUAAGUAGAAUAACAUGCUUAAUAAUAGUAACUCUAAAUCAUACUCAGUAAUUGAGUCGAAAUAGAUGAAUAGUACUUAGUCAAUUCAAAUUAAAAACCUUCCGAGAUAUCAACCAGUAAAUACAUAAACUCCAAUUCCUGAGAGAAAUCAAACUUCCUCCUCCCAAAACGAUUACUUUAUGACCUCAGUAAAAAAUAACGAUAAGUCAAGGUUAAUGCUCCAUAACUCCAUUAAAAGUUCAGGUCUUAAUGACUCUAGAUCUAUUGACAGAGAUUUUACAGCAAUGGAUGAAGAUGAAUGCAACCUGAUUAACAAGGAUGACUUCGAAGAAGGAAAAUAAAAAGACAUAGUCACAGCAAGAGCUACUCCAAUAAAAUCAAAUGCAUUAGCUAGAAAGAAUCUCUCUACAGCAAGAAAACUAACUCACAACAUACAAUCCCCUGAUAUGAGAAACCCUUAUUAGUUUUAAGAGCCCCAAGUAUAAUCAACAACUAAUGGAGUAUACUUGCAGAUUAUUAACGGAGCUAUGGGUCUUGGUUAGAAAUUAAUGAGUUAGACUUAUAACUUGGCUAGCACUGAAUAGUCAUUUAUAAAUACCAACAAUCCAUAAGUUAAAGAGACAAAUAGUAUAGAAUCAGAUGCACUAAUCACAGAAAGAAGAGAUGUUAACUCCUUUAAUGAUAACAUUAGCUCCAACAUGAAUGCUUAUAACUAGGCUUAAGCUUAAUUGUUUGCAAAUCAGAAUAGCAAUCCUGGAAGCAGACAAAGUAAUGCCCCUGCUGUUUACCUGAGGCAAACACCUGUGAAAUAAAACAAAAAUGCCAAAUAAAAGCCUAAUCAGAAGUCAGGUAGUGUUAACGUGCAAUAAAAACCCCCUUAAACUCCUAGUUCUUUUCAACAAAUUUGUGAGUCAAUAUAUUCUCUCAGACUUGGGGGUUUGCAGUUCACCAGUGAGUCUAAAUAACAAAAUACAUAGGAGAAGAAGACUCCAAGAGAUCGAAGUUUAAAUGAAGAGGAGAAUGUAUAGUAACAAUUAUAAAUCCAAGAACUAUAGAGGAAAUUAUAAAUCAGUGAAAGCCUUGUUCAGUAACUAGAAUAAGAAGUUAGAGUUAUAAAGUAAGAAAAAAUCUUUGUGAAAGAGAAAGAUUAACAAUAAAAAGAUGACUUGAUGAGGCUGUUAAAACAAGAGCAAGAUAAAGCCUAGUUAUUCUAAAAGCAAAGAGAUCAACUAGACCUAGACUAUUAGACUCUUCAAUAGGAACUGGCACUUAAAUCCUAACAAUUAUAAAACAAUUCUAAAAAUUAAUCUAGUCUGAUAAGUACUUAAAACUCUUCAAAUGCCUAGAUGAUUGUAUUAUAGCAAUAAAAUGAAUAGCUUCUUCACCAACUUGAGGAAUUUCAGCUUAAGUUCAACAGAUCAAAGCAAGUAUCUGAGUUCUUUGAGACAAAGAACUAGGACUCAUAAAAAGAAAUAGAAGUUUGCAAGGCUUAAAUUUCUCAGAACUUCAAGUAAAUAUAGACUAAGGAGCAAGAGCUGCAGCACGAGCAGCGCUUGAACUAGGAAAUCAACGAGAAAUUAAGUAAGAUGGAGAGAGACUAGAAUGAAUAAAGAGAAGACUGGAAUAGGAAGCGUAGAGAUCUCCAAAAAGAACUCGACUUCCUGAUGAAUGAAUAAAACUAGAAGGAGUUUGAACUGAGUGAGGUUAAAGACAAACUGAGGAAGAGGGAGGAUGAGCUAAGAGAUCUGAAGCUAAAUCUAAACAAUCAAAUUGGCACUGUCUAUGAAUAGUAUAAGGAGUAGAUAGAGGAAUUAACAAAGAGUAAUGAGAGUCUGAAAUAAGAACUAGAACAGAUAAAGGAAAAAUAUAGUCUAGAGAAUAAAAAACGUAUAGCUAUGGAGGAUGAGAGGUAAGAUUUGGUGGAAAGAUAUGAAAGACAGAGAGAGAUGAUGAAAGAAAAUGCAAAGGAGCUUAUUGAUAUUCAAUCUCAAGUAGCAAAUUUUGAGGAAAAACUCAUGACUACUGAAUAGCAGCUGAUUUAGGCAAAAGCUAGUUGGGCCGAGUCCGAGCAUGAGAAGGCUCAGUUAUACAAUGAAUGCCAGGAAAACUUAGAGAAAAUCCAAGACUUGGAGGAAAAACUAAGUAAGCAGGAAUAAAUUGAAAGAGGUAGGAGGCACAAUAGUGCGGCCACCACCAAGACAAGUAGUUCUUGCAAGUCAAAUAACAACAUGCAUAUCUACUAAUGA